UCAUACACACACAUUCGAGCGGCUGCUCUCUCGUUUCAUGCAGCGCUCGCCGUACGAGUGAGGGGAUUUUCAUACAUCCUGAAUGAACGGACUCGUGCCACUCAAACAAACAAAACAUAAUCGUGUAAACUUUACCUCUGGAACCUUAGAGAAACUUUUAGAGAGUUUAGGACAGCGAGAAGAACUCCAGAUAGUACUGAACAUCUGGGAGACUGACUCAGCAUGGGCUAACCACCUCAUCCAUGCCUGCGAAUGCUCAGAGGCCCUGGAGUGCAACAGGAGGAUGAGUGUCUACACACUAAACCUCAGGGUAUUCUGGCUUCUGGUCACUUGCUUCCUCUGCAUUUUGCUGCUGCUUCAUUAUUUCAUCCUGCGGGGUUCUGAAGAACAAGCCGAUGGCUGCUCUGAUCAGGGAACUGGUUAUGUUCUGCUCAUGAAGUAUGUCCUGGCCUUUGCGCUGUGUUAUUUCUUCAUCAGGUACUGCUCCUCUCAGCCAGGAGUAACUAAACGUGGUCUUCAUUCUGCCGCUGGAAAACCAGUGGGUCCUAAAAGGGAGUUGUUGGAGGAGCACUUUGAGAGACAUGUCCGCCUUUCUCCUCAUGUUCUUGGCCACAGCAAAGCUCACGUGGCCAAGCUGGUAAGCGAGCUGGUGCGAGUCGGACGGGCCGACGUGCUUCCAGAGUCCUCUCUGGCGUUUCGUGGGGACUUUGUUCAGAUUGGAAGCUCGUACGAGGAGCACAAAGUGGGUUCACCGGAUUGUUUUGACAUCCUGGUUCCGCUUAAGCUUCCCAGAGGGCUCAAACUGGAGCCGUGUAGCCAUGGUAACAAACCUGGUGGUGUGCCGCUGGUCACUCUGGAGACGCCACGUAAGGAGGAGUGGCCACGGCGCCACAAAACGUUCACAGACGCCUACCUGCGUUCAAAGGGUCCGCUGGGAGUCUACAGGUUGAGUCCGGACUCUGUGUUGCGCUGGUUCUACUGCGCGUCUCAGCGAUGCCUGUCAGCUGUACGCUACCCAUUUGAGCAACGCUGCUUACUCAGUCUUUCUCUCAGUGAGGGACAGCGUGUACAACUUCACCUCACACCACGCUCUGACUACGUCUGCUGUCACAUCUCCAUGGGUGUCCGGCUCAUCCCGGCACUUCCUCUGGGUGACUCCGCUUUUUUGGUUGCAUCCCCAGGAGCUCAGCGUUCUGAAGACUUUUGGACGGUCUACCUUCCAAAACAGGAGCAGAAGCUUCUUGGAGGGUUGAAAUCCAAACUCCCUGCCAGCUCCUGCCAUCUAAAGUGCCUUCAGCUGCUCAAGGAAGUGCGUGACCUUGGUGGGCAGACAUUAGAUCGACGGGCUGGAGCUGAGUGGAAAGAGGUUCUUUCGUCCUACGUCCUAAAAACUGCCUGGUUACGUCUCCUGCUCAGCACUCCAUCUGAGGCCUGGGAGGACAGACAACUCAUGAACAGGAUGGAAGACCUCCUGCGGUUCCUAAGAGACAAGCUACAAACCAGGAGUCUCCACCAUCUCCUUCUUGGCGAUGAGAAAGGGCUUCUGUCCGAAUCUGUCUGUUUGCCAAAGGUCGUUAAGGAAAUGGCGCCAUCUAACCUGUGGGCCGAAUUCAGUGCAGAUGCUCUGGACCUGGUCUCUGCUCGUCUGUCCUACACCUGGACUCAUCUGCCUCGUUUAAUCCGUCUGGGGCGUCCACAGAGGACGUCUCUAGGACGAGGGGUUCACUGUAAGCACAUCGAUGCUGAGUGAAUGCUUGAUGUUAUACAGGCUCUCAGGUGUACACAGCUUCUACCCACAGCACUCUGGCAUCGUGUAGCAUCAGGUGUGUUUAAGAGUGUAAAAGGAAAAUUAGUACUGUAUCAUGAGCUGGUACAAAUCCUUCUGUACGUACUGUAUCUAAAAUCAUUUAGAACGGUUCCAAGAGCUGUUCCAGUUCAGGUCAUAGGCUAAAGAUUUAAAAAAAAUAUUUUAAAAUUAUCAUUGAGCUGUGUGUGUGUGUGUCUGUGUGUGUGUGUGUGUGUGUGUGUGUGUGUGUGUGUGUGUGUGUGUGUGUGUGUCUGUGUGUGUGUGUGAUGCUGUCACUGUUUUUAAAGCUAUUUUUCUGUAACAGCACAUGCAAGUGUGUAUCUUUCCAUUUAAAGUCAUAUUUAAUGUUAGGUGAGUUAGUUAAUGUUGUUGUUAUAGCAGCUAUAAACAGUCCCUCUCUCUCUCUCUCUCUCUCUCUCUCUCUCUCUCUCUCUCUCUCUCUCUCUCUCCCUCCCUCUCUCUCUCUGCCUCUCUCUCUCUCUCUCUCUCUCUCUCUCUCUUUUUCUCUCUCUCUCUCUCUCUCUCCCUCUCUCUCUCUCUCUCUCUCUCUGGUGGCAGGUGAGGGUCAAGUGACUGUUAGUUUUUAAUGUCAGUGAUAGUUAAUGAAUUUAGUUUCCAGGAUGUUAAAUGUAAAAAAAACAAAAAAACAAUUUAAAUGUAAAUAAAUAUAUUAAGGAUAUUAGAUAUAAAUGA